AUGUCUUCCUCGAAAUCCCGUGCUCAAUCUUCCUCUGUUCCAGUUCCUCCAGAUUACAUUACUGGGGCUGGGAUUGAUAAGCAUGCAAUAGAGGUUAGGAGCAAGCUCCAUCCUUUUGCCCAGAAAAACCUAGACGAAAAUGUCCUCCAUUUGUUUGAAAAUACCUUGGUGCUGGGGCCUCACUGGUUUGGUCCCGUUCCUCCCAAGAUGGUAGAGCUGAUGAAGAAGGAUGCUGAGGCCCCUCUAUGUUUCGAAAGUUCUUCUGCCCUGGCUUCUCAUUCUUGGGUUAGCAAGAAUUUGAGCCGUUUGUUCCCAUCCAGUGAAGUGAGAAACAGUCCAGUCAAGUGGGCAGACUGGUUUGACAGGCUUCUUCCCCGAUUUGGGGCUCACUGGAAAUGGAUUUUCGGGUUUAGGCCUCAUGGAAGACCUGUUGAUGCUAUUGGUGAUUAUCACAGGAAGAAAAACCAGCAGAAGCUAGCCAAGCCAUUCAACAUCUCUCCAGCCCUGAUCAACUAG